AUAACAAAUGGUAAUAUAAACAACAAUCAAAAUGUCUGCUUAUUGCGGCAUCGCAUAAUUAAAUUAAAAUUGGACAGGUUAUUCGCGUCACUCACGAAUUUAAAUCGGCACAAGAUGUUGUAUGUGUCAGAUGUGUCAUCAAUUCAGAUCUGGAAGGUGGGGUGGCUGCGUUUCCAUCGGAAUGUCGCCGCCCGUAUUCCAAUCGAUAAAUCUAAUCAAUUCUAUGGAAUUCGAAAAUGCUAAGCACCUGUGAGGCCUACUUAGAGACAGCACGGUCGGCCCGAUGCUGUGGCGGCGCACAAAUGAAAGCUGUAUGCCUGUAUGCAAAAUCCACUUUCCUACAUGCUUUAUUCACUUUCCCACUAGACGGACGAAGUUGGCGGAGCACGAGCUCGACGACGGACAGUACCACAUCUGAGUUCUGUUUACGAACACAAACGCAACCGAUCUACUUCGCACGUUUCGUCCGGUCAUUGUCGAAAAGAUGCGUUUUCACAUUUACGGACUGUUUGCUUUGGUGUUAGCAGUACAGUGCCAGUACGGGACGCCUGGUAAUAAUUUUAAAAAUGGAUUUAAAGAUAGUGGAUAUCAAUUGGACUUAAGGGAAAUACAACGACAGAACAGAAUUACGACGCAAAUAUUACAAAACUUCUUAGAGAAGAAAUUGUUUCCUCAUGUGCAUAGGUCCUCGAAUGUACCAAGCAUAUGGGACAUUCUUCCUAGAGAUCGACGAAAAACCGCCACUAAUAAUAUUCAGGACUUGCUAAAUAAAACGCAGAAUCUGGAGAAAGAGACACUCGAAAGUAACGAGUCAGAACUGAUUAACUCAUAUUACGAAGAUGAAGAUGAGGCCAAUAAUUUUAUAGGAUCAUCCAUAACCACGUCCAGCCGAGUGAAGAAGAAGGAAGCACGAGAGGCGUCAUUGCAAGCAGAUUGCCCGAACUGCAUAGAUGAUUCUCUUCCGACAGCGAAUAGGUGGACUAUGCCUUUAUUAAAGCUCGGUGAAAAGAGAUACUACCUUGGAAUUUUCUUUAAGGCAAAUUACUUCAGAGCCACGCAGUAUUGUAGAUUCCACGGCAUGCACUUAGCCAGCAUUACCUCCCAGGAAGAGAACGACAAGUUGGAAAAGUACAUCAAAGACUUUGGUUUGGGUCACGAGCACUUUUGGACAUCGGGCACCGAUCUGGCGGACGAAGGCCACUUCUUCUGGAUGUCGACGGGCCGACCGAUCACCUUCACCAACUGGAACGCCGGCGAGCCGAACAACUUCGAAUACGAGAACGGCGAACAGGAGAACUGUUUAGAGUUGUGGAACAGGGACGGCAAAGGACUGAAAUGGAACGACUCGCCGUGCUCAUUCGAAACCUACUUCGUGUGCGAAGUACAGCAGUGAUUGCGAUGCAAUUAACGAACGUGUAAAGUGAUACGGUGAAACAGUGAUAUUCGCGUAUAUCCGUCGAUGUAGACAUGCAAACAGACACAGAUUAGUGUUUUAUUACAAAUGGUAUUAUGUUCUAAGGAAGACUAUUUAUAUGGACUUGUGUUAUGUAAAUAAAAUGACCAAAAAUGCCGUCGAGCUGUGUCCCAGUCUCAUAAGCGAUUUUUUUAUAUGUAAUGAGUAGUAAUUGCAUUAGGAACAUGCCAUCAAAUUAACUGUAUUCUUAUUUUACAACAUUUUACUUGUUUAUCGACCUUUUGAAAUGAUACAUUUUUGUUUAAUUAUAUAAAUCAAGUUUACCAAUACCUGCAAUGUGGUCACUAGCAUGACCAACUUUCUAGACUGCAAGCAAUUUUUUAAAUUUCCCAUUAAUUACUGUAAAACGACAAUGUCAGGAAUGUAUUAAGUGACAUAGGCAAUUAUUUAAAAUAAGGAAGUACUGAUAUAAAACUGCCGAUAUUGUUUAAGAUAAACCAAUAACUGUAGAAUUUGAAAUAUAGUUAACAUUUUGUAAUAAGAUUAGAACACAAAAGAGAAUUAAUUAAAACAUACACACAUGUAUAGAUGUAGGUAGUAAAUUAUUGAAAAAGAAAUAUUCUUUAAAGAAAUAGUAGCAAAAUAAUAUUUUAAAUGUAAUUAAUUGUUUCAUUAACAUUAUUUAAAAGCCAUUUUAUUGAACUGUCGAAAAUAAUUUGUAAAUAUACCAUAUAUACCACCAUAUAUAGGAAGUAUUAUUACUUUUUAUUUAGAUGAAACUAAGUCAUAUAAUUCAACGUUAGAGUAGCUAUUGUGUAAAACCAUUGUACAAAAUAAAAAUAAAACUCAUCACAUAA